CCUGCCAAACAGGCACAGCCUGGUUGGACUCCCUUAGAAUGAGGGGUGUUGUGCUCAGCCGCCUCUGAAAGAGCAGCUACACAGUUAUCCAAACCUGCCUCUCUACUCAGGGGCAGAUGCCAAGAUCCUAAGGGUACUUCACUGCAAUUAUACACCCUCAGCUGGUCCAUGUCAGCUGGCUCAGGCUCGUGGGACUCAGGCUCCUGGGCUGUUUAACUGUAGCGUAGAUGUUCAGGCUCAGGCUGGAGGCUGGGCUCUGGGACCCCACGAGGUGUUGAGUUCCUCUGUGGCUGACUGAUAUGGACCAUAUAGUUCAUCAGAAAUGGUUGUGUCUUUGAGGAGCAAAAUCCAAGGACAGUCAGGCUGAAGACCCAUAGCAAUCAUGGAGGCAAGAGAAAAAGAUGCAUAUUAAUAUCUCCUGCUAAGAGACUAAUUUGUUGUUUCUUUUUAGAGUUAAGUACCCAUUUCUGAUCCCUCUUUUGCCAUACUGCAGCAGGAUUGUAAAGUAGCGUGGGCCCAGUAGAAUAAGAGAGACUAUGGAGUUAAUCUUAUGGAUAUACGAUCCAGAAAAUGCAGAACCCUCUGAAUUGAAUCACACUGCAACGUCUCCUCCACCGAAUUCUAAGACACUUAGCAAGCAGUUUUGGAAUUUGGGACAGGAACCUGUUGUUCAGACCUAUUUUAGAAAUACCAAAUACUUUGCCACUGCAUUUCCAGAGUUGGGAUUCUGGAAAAUUAAUGUACCUGCAAUGUUAGAUGACAUCAUAACUAAUAUCCAUGGAAAGGCAAUAGCUUUCCAGGAUUGUUUUGUUCUAGAUAGUCCCUUUAUCAUUUCCAGGCCUGAAGAGCCAUUUCCUAACAAUGUAAAUGACAAUUCCCUCUGUUCCCCAGCUGGUAGUGAGCCCUUCAUUGAGUGGUCUGCCUGUUUUCCAACAACUGCACUUUUGUUGUCAGAAUUUGGAACUUUCCAUACAAAUGAUGGAUUCAUAACUUAUAAAGAAAUCAAAGCUCCAGCACACAUUUUGGGCUUUGACUUAAGUCAUAAAGUAACUGAUAUUGUUUUAACUAACGAUGGAAUCUUAUUUUUAAUAAUGGGGACAGUUUACAAAAGAGAGUCCAAUCGGUUUUUUAAACUUGGAUCUGAAUACAAUCUACCAGAAACAGGAAUAACUGGAAUACAGUCAAGACUUUGGUGUUCAUCUGAAUAUCCAGUACAGAGUGGAAGAAAAUUAAGUACAGUAGCAAUAUGGACACCAACUGAACAAUAUCUAGGAUAUGAUGGCAAUGUGUUUAUUAAAAUAACAGAUACAACAACCCUAAAGAAGGUCCUAGAUUUGCCAGUGACUGCUUCUUUAUCUAUAGGCACUGUUUGCUAUGACUCACGCCCAUCUGAAGUUUCUUUGCUAAUGGCCUGCGUUGGGUGCAGCUCCUCCAGGGUGUUUUAUCUGUCAGCUUAUAAUGAAGACCGAGAUUUGUGGGUCCUAAGAGACUUUUCCUUAAAUGCUCCUCCCCAGGGUUUUAUGCUAAUGGAAUUUGUAUAUUCAGCAUCACCAUCUAUGCUGUUGUGGAACAAGGAAAUGGUCUAUUAUAGCUAUAAAAACAACACAAUUAAUGGAUUUGUUAUGGUAAUUGGGUUAAAUCAGAAGCUAUCGGAAGUAUCUCAAGGGAGCACUAUUCACCAACUGGUUAUUGGAAUCUGUGAUAUUCGGUGCCAAGGAGGCACAUUGCAUCUUAUCUCCAUUUGCCAUUGCAGUGAGCCUUCCAUGUCAGGACAUUUACUAGAGCAGCGGCAGCACCAGACUCUGCCAGAACAAUUUUACCAUAAAAUGGACUAUAGCCUUGAACCUAAUUACACAGAAGCAUUAAUUUCAUCCACAGGUGUUAUGACAGUUGAACUACAACCUAGUAUGUCUGGAAAAAUGUGUGCAACACACAAUAAGCUAACUCAUUUUUUUGUUGGCUGUCCUCCAUCAAGGCAUAUUGUCAUUCACAGACCUUCAGAUAUAACCUGUAUCAAACAUAAUUUUACUACUUACAAAAUACCUGGGGAAUAUCUGUGGGAUCCAACAACUGAAGACCUGGUGGUAAAUUAUGAUUGGGAUAAGUAUGGCUGCCUAAUGGAUCUUCAUUAUGCAAUACCUUUUCAUCCUGAUAUUGCCUUAUACGAUGGCAGCACAUUUGUUAAAACAGUUGAGGCAAAUUUUAUAUUAUGGGAGGUUCAUGGCAGAAGUGACUACAGCUACAACUCAUCUAUGAAGCAGGUGGGUUGUUUGUGUGAAGCACAGACUUGGAUUUCAAUGCUUGAGGAACAUGAAAACAGUACAUUAGACGAAAUAUGGGGGCCACAGAAUUACAGAUCCUGCUUUCAAUCUGAACUUGGACCUCUAGGAGACCUAAAUCAGCUGUAUCAAAUUUUGAACCACUCUGGUUACAAUUCUCUCAUUUGGCCUACUGAGUACAGUGGCAUUUAUGUGUUCAGAGUGAAAAUAGUGGACCCAAAUUUCAGUUUUUGUGACUUAAAUACAAUCUUUGCAGUCCGUACAUAUGGCAUAGUAGAAAGUCCAAACAUUGGUAAGGUUGCUGGCUUUUCAAUCCUCAUACUGUCCAUUUUUGGGGGCAUCCUUAUUGUAAGCUACUUCAGGUAUGUGAAGAUUUAUCGAGCACUCAUUUAUGUUGAUCCACUGCCAUCACAUGACCAACAAGAUCAAACAAGAAAGACAGCACAUGAGUUGAAGAAGGACCAAUAAUUUAUCUACCAUACUGAUGGCAUUCUGUAUAAAGAAAUUGUAAGAGUACAUUGGCUUUUUAAAUAAUUUCAAUAUUGUUGGAUUGUUAAGGGUUAUUUUCACAAACAGCUUUUCACCUUUCAUAUAAGACUAUUGUGACUCGUGUUUAGUUUCCAGUUCCCGUUUAGUUUUCAGCUCUACCAUUGAGCUUAACAUAUCCCAUUGGUUUCCUUUGUGUGUAUAGACGGAGGGCAGUUUAUGGCCCCCUUAGUAGCCACCUCUCAAACCAAAUUAAAUUAAAAUAUAUGUAUGAUCUUUAGGCUUGAUUCAGCCCCAGUUUAUGCUGGCUUUCCUCAGCAUAACCAGCAUGCAUGGCUUUUGGCAAUUUGAAACCUGGGGGACAGCUGCCUCAGUACAAAACUUCCACUCUGUCAAGGGCCUGUAUGCAGCCGCUGCAGUCCCCAAAGUGAGCAGCACUGUCUCGGGCAGGGAGAUAUGCUGAUUCAACAUAUUUUUGGAUGGUGUAUAGUGACUGGGCUCCUGUGAAACCCCAGUUGCACUUUAAAGCUGCCUUUCCGCAUGAGUGGGUAACAAUGCCUCCCCUUCACAAGUCUGAGUCAAUGAAUCCCCUUGUCCACAAGACAGUUAGAACCAGAUUGUCAGCUGGUGAAUGUUGGAGCAACUCCAUUGAUUUCAGUGUAGCUACACUAAUUUAUACUAGCGGAUGAUCUGGCCCUCGGAUUCUAAUAAUCACUUAUACUUUGAAUAGAUCAGAGCCUUGUAUAAAAAAUAUGUUUCAAAGACUUGGUAGAUAAUGCUACGUCUAAAAUAUUCUGACAGCUAUAAUUCUCAAUGUCUAUUAUACAUUUUAUGACAAAUAGCAGUUACUCAGAUCUGAAAACUUCUGUGAUCACAUCUUCAAUUCAAAUAUAUUAUUGGUUGUAAUUUAUUGAAUGUGAAUUUUGGUAGCUGCAACUGCAUGCAAAAUGUACUAGAUUUCUGUUUACAAACUUGAAACAAAUUUUGUAACCUUUUAGUGAACUCAGAUGUUCAACAGACCCCAACUUCAAGUAACUAGUAUAUUUUGUAAAGCUUCAAAAGAGAAUCAAAUCACAUCAGCUACUGUAACUUAAUACAUUCAGACACAGCAAAUUGAAUAUUUUUAUUACUAACCUAACAGGUAUUGUUUGAGCAUUUUAAAUAGAAUUUACAUUGUUUAAAG